GAAACGUCUUGUGAUAAGAGAUAUAACUAUUGAUUUGCUUAUUUGGGAGCCGAUAAAUCACAAAAUAUUUCCAAAUAUUUGGCCCAAGUAUGUUUGCAUGUCUGAUGGUGUUCUACUGGUGUAUGAAGUUUUGGAUCUAAAAACUUUUCAUUCGCUCACGAGGUUGUUGAGUUUAAUAAAGAAGUAUAACUCAGUCGCUGUUACGUUUUUAGUUGGAGCUAAAUCUGAUUGCUUGGAUUCUGUGGAACUAUCAAAUGAAACAGUUGAAGACUUCGCAAGAAAAGAGAACCUUGAGCAAUUUCAGUGUAGUGCCAAAAAUGGUGAAAAUGUUGAGAAAAUUUUCGAACAUUUAGUUUUGAGAAUUCUUCAAACAAAGAAUUUGGCUUCCGGAAAGAAAGAUGAAGAAUCUCCAAUUAUUUUGGCUGACGACAAUGUCCACCUGGAGGGAAAAUCUCAAACUGAAAAUCCGAAAUCGAGAAACCCCAAAGAUAAUUCGCAGUUAAUCUUAACACAGAAAGAGUCUUUCAUCAUGGUAGAAAUCAAAUCUCAUGCCUCAGAAGAAAAAAAAGAAGGUUCGUUCCAAAUAGAAAGUAACUGUAGAGAUCCACAAAAAGAAGUGAGGACAUCGUUGAUAUACGAGGAAGUUUCAGAAGGAAAAUGCACGGAAUGGAAUAUAGAUCAGAAAUAGUUACAACUAUGCAAAACAUGUUGAAACUCAAUUUGCAGUUGUAUAUUGAUUAGAAAUAGUCGUAUCUACUUAAAAUAUAUAGAUUCUCAAUUUGCAUCGGUAUUGUUACAUUUAAACUUAGUGUCAUUUUACAAUGACUUAUUUUAUGUUAAUAUGUUUCUUUAUGUUCUUAUUUAAAAUAAUCUUUUAAUUUAUGACCUUUAUCUUUUUAUUUAAAAUAAUUGAUGAAAAUAUUUGGAUAAACUGAGUAGUUUGCUCUUAA